AUGGAUGUUAUUGGGCCAAUCGAGCAAAAGGCUUCAAAUGGGCCUAGAUUCAUUUUGGUUGCAAUUGAUUACUUCACCAAGUGGGUGGAGGCCGUCAUUUUCAAAUCAGUCACCAAGAAAGCACUGGUAGACUUUGUUCAUUCCAACAUCAUCUGUCAUUUUGGUAUCCCGAAGACCAUUAUCACUGACAACGCAGCUAAUCUAAAUAGUCAUUUAUUGAAGGAGGUAUGCGAGCAAUUUAAAAUUAUGCAUCGCCAUUCUACCCCUUACCGACCAAAAGCCAAUGGAGCUGUUGAAGCGGCAAACAAGAACAUCAAGAAGAUUCUUAGGAAGAUGAUCCAAGGUUCCAGACAAUGCCAUGAAAAGUUGCCUUUUGCUCUUAUGGGAUACCGUAUGACUGUUCGCACAUCUAUUGGUGCAACUCCGUAUCUGCUUGUAUAUGGAACUGAAGCUGUAAUACCCACUACAGUCGAAAUUCCCUCACUCUGA